GAAGGCCCGCGGCCGCCGCCGCCAUUUCGGGCACUGCUGUGAAGCUGAGACCGGAGCCGGUCCGCUGGGCGGCGGGCGCCGGGGCAGGAGGGGCGCGCGCGGCGGCGGCGGCCCAGCGUGUAGGCGCGGAGGCGGCCAUGGCGGGCAACUUCGACUCGGAGGAGCGGAGUAGCUGGUACUGGGGGCGGUUGAGCCGGCAGGAGGCGGUGGCGCUGUUGCAGGGCCAGCGGCACGGGGUGUUUCUGGUGCGGGACUCGAGCACCAGCCCCGGGGACUAUGUGCUCAGCGUCUCCGAGAACUCGCGCGUCUCCCACUACAUCAUCAACAGCAGCGGCCCGCGCCCGUCUGUGCCACCGUCGCCCGCCCAGCCUCCGCCCGGGGUGAGCCCCUCCAGACUCCGAAUAGGAGAUCAAGAGUUUGAUUCAUUGCCUGCUUUACUGGAAUUCUACAAAAUACAUUAUUUGGACACUACAACGUUGAUAGAACCAGUUUCCAGAUCCAGGCAGGGUAGUGGAGUGAUUCUCAGGCAGGAGGAGGCAGAGUAUGUGCGAGCCCUCUUUGACUUUAAUGGGAAUGAUGAAGAAGAUCUUCCCUUUAAGAAAGGAGACAUCCUGAGAAUCCGGGAUAAGCCUGAAGAGCAGUGGUGGAAUGCGGAGGACAGCGAAGGCAAGAGGGGGAUGAUUCCAGUCCCUUACGUCGAGAAGUAUAGACCUGCCUCCGCCUCAGUAUCGGCUCUGAUUGGAGGUAACCAGGAGGGUUCCCAGCCACAGCCACUGGGUGGGCCGGAGCCCGGGCCCUAUGCCCACCCCAGCGUCAACACUCCGCUCCCUAACCUCCAGAAUGGGCCCAUUUAUGCCAGGGUAAUCCAGAAGCGAGUCCCUAAUGCCUACGACAAGACAGCCUUGGCUUUGGAGGUCGGUGAGCUGGUAAAGGUUACGAAGAUUAAUGUGAGUGGUCAGUGGGAAGGGGAGUGUAAUGGCAAACGAGGUCACUUCCCAUUCACACAUGUCCGUCUGCUGGAUCAACAGAAUCCUGAUGAGGACUUCAGCUGAGUAUAGCUCAACUAACAGUUUUGCUGACAGAUGGGAACAAUCUUUUUUUUUUUUUUUUUUCCGAUUGUCAUCUAUACAAUUUUCUUACAGAUGUCAAAGCAGUCUAGUUUAUAUAAGCAUUCUCUUACCUGUGAUCUUUUUUAGACUGAAUUACAUCUCUAGUCUCAUUUACCAUAUUCAGGGUACGAAACUGGAGGGCUCGUGUGUUAACUUCUGAAUUGGCAAUUUUAGGUGGUAACAGCCAUGCCUGAGUGUAUCAGAAGGGAUGGAUAUUUUGCCUGCUUUCCCUCAGGUAGUGCAAAUCAACCUGUGGAAAACUGAUGGACAGGAGAGGAAUAUUGCACGCUGCUUACCCUGAUUUAUUCAAUGGUUUUGUUUUCAUUUUGAAACAAUGCUAUCAAAUGGCAAUAGACUGUUCCCUUCCACCCCCAUGAAGUAAUCUUGCACCGUGUGAAUAGUAAGUACCCAGUGGGAUUGCUUUUUCAUUUAUAGAACAUGACCACUGUAUGACUCAUUCUGACAGUUCAAAUCCUGAGAUUUCUGAGGACACUACUAGAGGCAUUUGUCUUCCUUUCUAGUCAAUGCUUCAUACUUUUUCUUGGGAUUCUUUAAAUCCUUGUCAUUCUUUUCCCCCAAACCUACAAAUAGGUUCAUUCUCAAGAAAAGUGUUUCUUUUCAUUCCAGAUGACAAGCAGGAUGUGCAGAGCACUUUAUUCAGUGCAUAGCUUUAAGCCAGUAUUGGAUUCACUGAGUGGACACCCAAACUCCUCCCAGCUUUCUGCCUUCCCUCAAGGGGUCAUAGUAGGUUCACACUGCUACCACAGCUAAACAGACUCCUGGCUAAUGGGAUCCAGCAGGGCCAUUUCUCCUGAGUGCCUGUAUCCUAUUAGGGGACUCUUUGAAAUUCUUAGCUUCUACUUGCUUAGAGUGGAAGGACCAAUCACUUAGACUAUUCCAUAGAUGGUUGUAGGGCCAAAUUCUGCCCUUUGCUUUAUAUGCAACUUGUAUAAAAGUCAAGUUAAAAUUACAUGAGUUUGGGGUAGGGUUAGUGCUUUGAAAAACAUUUGAACCAAUCAUGAAUUACUUAUGUAUUACUCAUUUUACAUGGCCAGAAUAGUGCUUGAAGUGCAUUACGUUAUCAACUGCCUUCAUUUUUGGCUCUUUUUCUUUAUGUUCCAGUUUAGUUUACAAAUCCUUUUAAGUACGGAAUGGUUUAUAUGGGGUCAGGUGCUCCAAAGAAUAGACUUCUGAGACCAAAAAUGAUCUAGGCUAUUUAGACUACAAUAUGAAACCUUCAAAGUUAGUUCCCAGUCUAGGAAGGCACUUACUGGUCUGUGGUGUGAUAUGACCCAUAGAAACACCUUAUAUUUUGCUUUGGGCCUCAUUUUAGAAAAGUAAUGUAUCUUUCUAAUUGUUUUUACAUAGGUUAAUGAUUAAUAUGCAUUCGUUGAACAUACCAAAUCAUGGUAUCCCAGUGACUAGCACAAUACCUGGCAUAGUUGGUGUGCAGAUGUUUGUGUGAGUGAAUGAGGGGUGUGCAGAAGCUCUUUAUACGGCACAGGGAAGCCAGCUGACACAGGAUUACAUACCACAAGCAAACUAAUGAGUUGACGCUAAUUUAAUGUAUUUUUACCUCACACUAAGGUAAUGCUUGAUAAAGACAUUAAUAUUCAACUUUUAAAAGUUAGCACAGUGCAGUGCAUAUAGUGGGUGCUCAAUGUUAAAUGAACAGAUUUGCAAUACUAGACUUAAUUCCAUCUGACUACUCUUAAAUUUUCAGUUAGAGCAUAGAUACUGUAAAAUUCAAAUCCAAAUCCACAUUAAAAUCUUGUUUUCCUGGAAGUAUGACAUCUAAAAUACUUGUAGAAAAACCUUGUCAUAAACUGAUUUGAAUGUUUGUAUUUUCUUUUGCCUUUGACUUUGAUAUUGGCUUGUAAUGUUUCUUUUUGUUAUGUAAUAUUAGUGGAACAUUCAACUCUACCCAAAUCAUAAGAAUUUUUCAAUGAUCAGUUGUCUGAAGGCAUUAUAUGAACUGUUAGGUUGGAUUUGGCUGGGUGUGAUAGUUGUUGGACCUUAAAUCAAAGGACUCCUAAUAAGUAUCUUCCAAAAGCAAAUGCUAGAAUCCUAUUCAAGUGCAUAUGUACAUUGUCACAGAGCAAAGUAAACUGUAAUUGGCUGCUAUAUUUUGUAUAAUCAUUUCUGCAAAAGCCCAGUUUUUGGAUACUAAUAUUUGACAUGGUUAAUUCUUAUUAAUUUGUUGGAAUUGUUUAUUGUUAAUAAUGCAAAUAGAUAAUUUUUAAUUAUCCUUAAGUAACAUUUCACUAUUAAUGGUUUGAAAUGGGUGGUAAGCAAACCAAUUUGAAAUAAAAUAUGAACAUGUGCCAUUGUAUUAUAACACUAUACACUUUCUUGACAGUUAAAUUUAAAAAAAAAUGUUUUUUUUGUAGCAUGUAUUGUAUAUGUUUAUAGUAUAUGUAGUAAAUAAAAAUAUGGCCAAAUGUUUGGCUUGGUGAUCUUUUGAA